UUGACAUGUGGUGAAUCCAAGAUGGCGGCUCUAGACGCGUCAGGAUGACAGCAUGCCCCGGCGCAGGAGGAGACUGGCGUCGCGCCUGAGGGACUACCUGCGCAACUUGCUGGCCUUCCUGUUCAGCAACGUCGGCGUGGUGGUGCUGGUCGUCGCUUAUACCGUAGCUGGUGCAUUUAUGUUUCGGGCGAUAGAAGGUGCGAGCGAGAUGGAGCGAGCGCAUAACAUGACGAUAGAGCGAGACAACACGGCACAGUGUCUGUGGCAGGACGUGCUCAAAGUCAACAUAUUUAAUGACACAUAUCUUAAACACAGGAUAAGCAUCACAAUCCAGCAGUAUCAAGACAAGGUGGUGCACGCAGUCAAACGUGGCUGGGACGGCGGCCGGUCUUCAAGGCAGUGGAGCUUUUCAUCAUCCUUCCUGUAUUCCCUCACUGUGAUCACAACUAUAGGAUACGGGCACCUGUCUCCACGCACGAGUUGGGGCAAGGUGACCACCAUUAUGUACACUCUGCUGGGAAUGCCUCUAUUCCUGCUGUACCUCGCUAAUGUUGGAGAGCUUUUGGCGCGGUGGUUCAAAUGCAUCUACGCAUUGGUAUGCCUGUGCCGUGGUUGUCCAGGGUUCACAAGGAGACGAGUCAUCAGACUACGUCAGUUGGAGCUAAGCGACGCCGAGAGCAUCGAAUGCCCAGAGCACUGGAGAAGGCGGGCGCCAUUUAUUUACGAAUCUGAUGAUACGGCGGACUAUGGGCCACCGAUACCGCAUCCAUAUAACUUUGCGAGGAGGCCAGACUACCUCCGCAGCGCCUCCAUGCCGGCCCGGGGCGCCGCGCGCGCGCCGCAGCCGCGCCGGUGGUCGGAGCCUCCCGAGAGUGUGACUAGCGACUUCAGCUACGUGACCUUCGACGCCCAGACCAUCACGGUGCCCAUCAGCGUGUGUGUAGCCAUCAUGGUCGGGUACAUAAUGUUCGGGUCCAUGAUAUUCGGCAUGUGGGAGAAGUGGGACCAGCUGGACGGGGCCUACUUCUGCUUCAUCUCGCUCAGCAGCAUAGGUUUCGGCGACUUCGUGCCCGGCGAGCGAGUGUACACGCAGCGCAUAGAGACCUCCUUCAUCGUGUGCUCCAUGUAUCUCAUGCUGGGCAUGGCUCUAGUUGCCAUGUGCUUCAAUCUCAUGCAGGAACAAGUGCGCCACUACUUCGCGGGGAUGAAGCGCGCCUUCAGGAGAAUAUGUCGUUGCAAAAGAUGACGACAUAUUAUUAUAUUAAUGUAUAUAAUGUUAUUUAAUUCGUUACUUUAAUGACUAAUUAUACUUCCUAUUUGUA